UAUUUUUACACGAGGGAAGGAGUAUUUUUUCCCCCUUUUAUAUGCAUCGAUUUCAAAUUGUGAGAGAAGCCUUCACCGCAAGAGAGAAAAAAAGAAAAUGCUGCAAUACCCUGCGUUCAUGACUCAGUACCCAUGGUCGACGCGGGUUAUUCCGACGUCGUAUCUGUUGCCGGCUCAGUGGCCCCAGCCCCACAACGACGAGCUCCUUCUCGCCAUGGAAGAGUCCGAGUACGAAGAUAAGUGCAAUGAAAUUAGGAAGGCAAAUAGCAACUUAACCAUAAUUGGGAAAACAACAGUUGAUCAUGAUAAAGAAGAUUUUGACAAUGAUGCGGAUGAUGAUGAUGCUGACAAUGCAGAAGAGUCUGAAGGUGAUGAAUUUGAGCAGGAGACUGGUUGAGAGAGAGUUUAUUUGUGUUGCAAUGAACCACCAAACUUUUAUAUGUGCCACCCAUACAAGAUUUGUAGGAUUUGAGAUUGUCAAUUGAAGACUCAACAUUGAUUGAUAGUUUC